ACGAGGCUGGGGAAAGGCUGAGAGUGCUCUCUAUCUUUCUCUAAGCUUUCUCUCUUAGGCAAUUUCUUUCCCUCUCUCAACUUCAUUUUUCCAAAAAAAGAAUUGAAAGAAUUCGCCCAAAUCCAGCGAACACGACUUACACGUAACUGGGGCAUGUCAUGAGGCAGUUUGGCACCUGGCUCAUUUGACUCCGGGCGCGUGUCCAAGUUUCUACGCUCAUAAUUUGACUGGACCAAGACGCAACUCCCAUUCAAUCAGCGUCGAAAGAUGACUUUGUGUAAAUUCUUUCAGCAGGGCAACUGCAAAUUCGGCAAUAGUUGCCGAUUCGAACAUGUAAAUCCAAACAAUCGAAAUCAACCCUCGAACCGCUUCGGAGCUCUUGGAGGAGGGAGCAAUCAAAACCCAGCUGACAAAUACAACAUUACUACCGACACCAUCGAAAAGGAUUUGACGAACGAGGUUCCGCAAUGGAUCCUCUCAGCCUAUGCGCCAGGGCGAGAUGCUCCUGGUCAGCUCUUUGGCGGAUACCCGCGCGAACAGAGUUUUGAAGAGCUGCGGCUACAUUUCAUGAUGGGGAAAGCGUCGGGGAACGAACAGCAAGCUCUUAACGAAGCACAAGAGCUAUAUGCGCAGGCACAACAACAAAUGCAGACCGCUCUCCGCGAUGUUAAAGGGGCAAUUCAAUUUAUCGUAGGCGAAGAAAACAACCACCCGAAUCGGCACGAUAUUUGCAAACAGGGAACGCAAGGAGCCCCCUUUGGCGAAUUUCUUGUUGGGAAGCGACCCAAAUCGACAAUCGCUGAUACUGGCGCUCAGCCAACCCCGUUCGGGUCCAACAACAACAAUCCUUCAAGUCCUUUUGGUGGUGGCGCAUCGACCGGUGGAAGCGCCUUUGGGCAGCCAUCGACUCUCGGCGCGAAACCAAGCGCGUUUGGUGCACCGUCCUUUGGUCAACCAUCGCAGCCAGCACAAGGAGGAGGCUCGGUCUUUGGUCAGCCAUCGCAACCUUCAGCGUUCGGACAACCAUCACAGUUGGGACAAACCGCCUCGGCAUUCGGCAAGCCAGCGCAAACCUCAACCUUUGGCCAGCAGUCACAGCCAGGAUCUGCUUUUGGCCAAACUUCAGCUUUAGGCGCAAAGCCCAACCCGUUUGGCACACCAGCCUUUGGACAACCUUCGCAACCAAAUGCACAAGGCAGUGUCUUCGGCCAACCGUCACAACCAAAUACGCAAGGCAGCGCAUUCGGUCAACCGUCACAGCUAAACGUGCAGGGCAGUGCCUUUGGCCAAGCCAGCCAGCUUGGACAGAAACCGAGUCCCUUCGGAGCACCAAGUGGAACGAACAACAGCUCUAGCCCAUUCGGUGCCGUCGCAAAUAACAAUAAUGCCCCUGCAGCGAACCCCUUUGGUGCUCCAAGUGGUAGUGCGACAACCAGUCAGCCUGCCAAUCCUUUCGGAUCCAACAAUAAUAACCAGAACAAUGCCCCGGCGAAUCCGUUUGGACAGCCUUCACAGCCUGCUCAGGGAAGCUCGCCAUUUGGCCAACCUUCAAAUGCUGUCGCACCAGCAACGUCAACCCCAUUCGGUGCAUCUAACGCGACCUCGAAUCAACCUACAAACAGUCCAUUUGGCCAGCCUUCACAGACUCAGUCAAAUGGCUUUGCAUCGCAGAAUAACCAACCACCAGCAAGCAAUCCAUUUGGUCAACCCUCGCAGCAGAAACCAGCGAAUCCUUUUGGCCAACCCUCCAACGCUGCACCAGCUGCCGCGAACCCGUUUGCUACAACACAGGCUCAAAAACCCCCAGCAGCAGCAGCAGCCACUUCGACAGGCCCAUAUCCACCGAACAGCAGUAGACAGCAUCCGCCAAUUGAGAGCUAUAGCUCAAAAGGCAUGGAUGGACGGCUAUUAACGUUCAAGGGCAAAUCAGUCAUUUACAAGGACGGCAAACCCGGAAUCCGAGAAUUUGAUGGGACAUGGCGGCGGAUUUGGUUCCCAGAUGGUCCUCCUGCAUUCUCAGCGGAUACAGAAUUGCCCCCUGAGAUGUAUGACGACAAGUCCAAGGCUCAGUGGAUGGCCUUCGCACAGACUGGAACCUUUGAGGGUGGCCUGAUGCCCGAACUACCGCCUCCGCGAGAAUGUACACUAUGGGACUUCUAGCCAAGGAGUCAAGUUGAGUCAGUUCACAACUUGUUUUAUAUAUGAUGUGGAGAUGAAGAGUCGGGGAUGAAUAGAUGGCGUUAGACGAUUCAGGAGAAUGCAUUAAUUGGCGUUGUGUAUAAUCAUUGGGGAUGCUUGGAUGCAUAAUCUAGACAGUAAAAGAAACAAUUUCACGAGAUAAGUAAAGUGAAGGAUGGUAUCAGAUUCAGUGCAUUUUUAUUAGGUUGCUGUGUGGUUUUGAUACAGCAGGCCCCACUUCAAGUGAUGAAAUGACAUAAGAGUUUAUCGAAUGCUAGAGAUCUCACAAAG